AUGGUGUGGGAGAGACCUUUGGAGGGAUGGUGGAAAGUAAAUUUUGAUGGUGCGUUUAAAGGCAAUUCGGGACCAUCUGGGGCAGGGGUCAUUGUAAGGGAUUGGAAGGGUGAUAUAGUUGCUUUAGGUGCUCAAAAGCUUGAUGAAGGCACAAAUAAUAUAGCAGAAGCAUCAGUCGGAUUGUUAGCAGUCAGGUUGAGUAAGAAGUUGGGAGAUAACAAAAUACAUCUUGGGGGGGAUUCAUUGAUUGUCAUUUGGGCAAUAAUUAGUUGGAUUUACAAUAUUAUUGAAGAACUUAAAUCUUUUGAUGAAUUCUAUAUAAGUCAUAUUAGGCGAGCAGGGAAUGCAGAGGCCAAUAUCCUUUCUAAAUGGGCAUUGUCAUUUGAUACGAUUGGUAAACUAAGAGUGGAAGACUUUCAACAAGUGAUAUUUGAAGAGGAGGUGGGAUUUUGUCAUUAA